GUUUUGGGACUGGUUCAAAAUAUGAGUGUUUUCCAGUGUCCCAAAUGUAAACAUGAGACACACAUUUUUGGAGCUGACGGUGUAAGAGAUCUAGCAAAAACUCUUGGACUGGAUAUUUUAGGAGACAUUCCACUGCAUGUUAAUAUACGGGAGACGUGUGACUCGGGACAGCCUGUUGUGGUCUCACAGCCUCAAAGCGAUGCC